AACGACAAAGACAAACAACCCAAACGAUCCCUAAAAUAUGUCUUAAUUCCACAUUUUACAAAGCUUUUCUUUGGCUGCAUUACAGCAAUCAUAAGUGGAAUGAUGUAUGCCAUAUACCUUUCAACAUACCAUGAACGCAAAUUCUGGUUUUCUGGUAGGCCGGAACUUGAACGAGAAAUCACAUUUCAAGGUGACAGUGCCAUUUACUAUUCAUUUUACAAAGAACUGUUAAAAGCCUCCUCUUUUAAAAAAGGCAUUCAUCAACUUAUUCAUGACAACAGGACCCUGUCACUAAAAACAAUGAAUACUGUACGACAGAUGACUUUGUACCCGGAAUUGAUCGCCAGCGUUUUAUAUCAGGCAUCCGGCAGUGAA